GACAGACGAGGCUUGCAUCUCGCUAAUGUGUUAAGCAAUAACUCCGAAACCCUCAUGAUUUCGCAGAUUCCAUCAGAUAGCCUCUGUAUAUUAAAGAUAUUAUCCCAAAAUGCUGAGUAUCGAUGAUAACUUUUCGGCGCAUUCGCUGCCGCCCUUUGCGAAUGCCCAAAAUAAAGCUCUGAGUACAGAGAUACAAGUCCUAGAAAACAAGAUUAGCUCGCUGCUGGCAACAUUCGAGGACAAUGUGGCUAGAACUGGGACUAUGUCCGCUCACAUAAAAAAUGUGCAGCAGGAACUUACGCAUACGCAGGUGCCCUUUUUGUCGGAAGAGUGGCGACACUUAUGCUGAAUAUCAGUGAGGCCUAACACAACUAUGAUCACCAGGCAUUAGCGG